UUUGGCCGCGCCCAGAUUUACGGCGGCGGCCCUAGGUCCAGGAAGCGCUGCUGACGGAGGGACCGGAGGUUGUCCUUGGCAGGUUUUCCUCGGCGCUUCUCCAUGGAGGAGGCGGUACGCACGGCUUCACCCCCGAAUGCUCGCACCUCUCACUGGACGGCGACGAAGGCGGUGGGCGCGCUAGCGCAGGACUGGGCGGCCCGUGUGGGGGUGUGAGCCGCGGUGCCCCGGGCAGCAGCGCGGCCGGCCUGCGGACUAGGGUGAGGUCGCUACUCCUUCCUUUCAGGCGAGCGCGAAGGGGCUGACUUGCGGGCGAGCCUGCCCAUCUUGAGUCGGAGAAGGGUUCUUCAGGCAACUUUCCUUUCCGGGUGUUCUGAGUCGGAAGCGGUUUUCCUGGUAAUCCGUGGUGAGGAAACCACCGUGAAUCGGACCGCCAUUCAGUCGCAGGGAAGCCUGGCUAGUUGGCCUUGUCGGGGACCCGUGUUCAUUGAGAUAGUUUUAUUUGUCUCGAUUUGAAGACUGCUUCAUUCUGCCUCCAUUACCAGUGGUUUCUCUGUUCUGUGAUCAAUGUGAUUCACAGGAACUUCUUAAGUAACAAACGAAAUGAGCCAGGGGCGUGGAAAAUAUGACUUCUAUAUUGGUCUGGGAUUGGCUAUGAGCUCCAGCAUUUUCAUUGGAGGCAGUUUCAUUUUGAAAAAAAAAGGCCUCCUUCGACUUGCCAGGAAAGGCUCUAUGAGAGCAGGUCAAGGUGGCCAUGCAUAUCUUAAGGAAUGGUUGUGGUGGGCCGGACUGCUGUCGAUGGGAGCUGGUGAGGUGGCCAACUUUGCUGCUUAUGCGUUUGCACCAGCCACACUAGUGACUCCAUUAGGCGCUCUCAGCGUUCUAGUAAGUGCCAUUCUUUCUUCAUACUUUCUAAAUGAAAGACUUAAUCUUCAUGGGAAAAUUGGGUGUUUGCUAAGUAUUCUAGGAUCUACGGUUAUGGUCAUUCACGCUCCAAAAGAAGAGGAGAUCGAAACUCUAGAUGAAAUGUCUCACAAGCUAGGUGAUCCAGGUUUUGUGGUCUUUGCAACCCUUGUGGUCAUUGUGGCCUUGAUACUAAUCUUUGUGGUGGGUCCUCGCCAUGGACAGACAAACAUUCUUGUGUACAUCACAAUCUGCUCUGUGAUCGGCGCGCUUUCUGUCUCCUGUGUGAAGGGCCUGGGCAUCGCCAUCAAGGAGCUGUUUGCUGGAAAGCCUGUUCUGCGGCACCCCCUGGCCUGGGUGCUGCUGCUGAGCCUCCUCGUCUGUGUGAGCACACAGAUUAAUUACCUAAAUCGGGCCUUGGAUAUAUUCAACACUUCUAUCGUGACUCCAAUCUAUUAUGUAUUCUUUACAACAUCCGUUUUAACUUGUUCAGCUAUUCUUUUUAAGGAGUGGCAGGAUAUGCCUGUUGAUGAUGUCAUUGGUACUUUGAGUGGCUUCUUUACAAUCAUUGUGGGGAUAUUCCUGUUGCAUGCCUUUAAAGACGUCAGCUUUAGCCUAGCAAGUCUGCCUGUGUCGUUUCGAAAAGACGAGAAAGCAAUGAAUGGCAAUCUCUCUAAUAUGUAUGAAGUUCUCAGUAAUAAUGAAGAAAGCUUAACCUGUGGAAUCGAACAACACACUGGUGACAGUAUCUCGAGAAGAAAUGGAAAUCUGACAGCAUUUUAAGAAAGAUGUAAUUAAAGGUUAAUCUGUGAUUGUCAUGAAGUGAAUUUGAAUAUCAGAAUGUAUCUGAAAAAGCAUUGUCCUCAAAUAAUAUUCUUUAAAGGCAAUCUUUUUAAAGAUUUCACUCAUUUGGACCAAGAGAUUACUUUUCUUCUAUUUAAACAAUGGUAGCUCACUAAAAUGACCUCAGCACAGGACGAUUUCUAUUAACAUUGUAUUGUUGUAGAAGUGUUUUACAUUUUCAUUCCUUCUCCAAAAUCUGAAGGCACUAAUAACAGUUUUAAGUCUAUAAAAAUGUUUUAUUUUUCCAUUGGUGAUGAAAGUCUGAAAUGUGCAUUUGUCAUCCCCAUUCCAUCAAUCUCUGACCAUAUAAGGCUUUUUUAUUUUAAAAAAGAACACAAUUAUCCCAAUACAUUAUUCUGUGAUUUACCUUACGUAUAAAGUGGCUCCUGUUUGAUGAUUGGUUUUAUUUUUGAAAUAUUAAGGGAAAACUAAGUUACUGAAUGAAGGAAACGCUUACAAAACAAAAGGGCGGAAAUCACCACAAGGAACUAUUUCUCAGGUUGUGAUCUAUCACGGUGAAUCCGGCUUCCUGUGUGCAUUCGAUGGCCGCCUUAGUACCUUAUCAGACCAGCGCCUCCUGCCUGUUGCAACCUGGCUGGGUUCAUUCUUCAGUUACCCUGAUCCCAUGCUGCCUGAAACCUUGAUGAUUACUGUUUUACAUCAGCUCUUGUACUUUUCAUUAUAUUUCAUAGUGAGUCAUAUUGUCAUUUAGACUUGGAACAGCUCUCGGAAAUAGAAGACUAGGGUUAUGUCUUAAAUUUAACUCGUUACAAUACAAAGUAGAAA